AUGGUGAAAUGUACUAGGCAGGGCUGCAGAAAGGAAUUUUCUUUAAUUAAAGACAAACCUUUCUUUAAUACAAAAUGUGGCGCUACUCCAUCUUUCCACCCCAUCAGAAUGACUACGUACAAAAUUUUUUAA